GCCGCCGCCGCCGCCGCCGCCGCCGCCCCGCGCUCUCGUCGCCCGGCUCGACAUGAGUGAGGCGGCUCGGGAGCCCGCGCCUGCCGCGCCGCCGGCGGUGGCGGCGGCUGCCGCUGAAGAGAAGAAAGCGAAGGAGCUGGAGCGCGAGAAGCUGCCGCCCAUCGUGUCCGCCGCCGCCGGCGCGACCGCGGGUUUGGACAAAGGAGCCAAAGGGCAAAUUUCCACUUUGAGCAGUGUUCUUUCAACUGUUAGCCAGAAGAAGGAAGCUGCCGAAAAUAGAAGUUCACCUACACAUCUCAUUUUGCCUAACAUCAAGAACGUAAAAGAGCCAGUUUGCCUUGACGUUAGACAAAAACAGCGGAUCUCUAUUGAUGCAUUAUCACCUGAAAUGAAGGCACCAGCCUUUCCAGAACCUGUCCUUCCUGUUCAGCCCAAAACUAUGAAAGAUUUUCAGGAAGAUAUAGAAAAAGUUAAAUCAUCAGGAGACUGGAAAACAGUACAUGAUUUUUAUCUAACAACAUUUGAUUCUUUCCCAGAAUUAAAUGCUGUAUUUAAGAGAGAUGCCACUGCCUCAUUUAAUACCAUUGAAGACUCUGGGGUUAAUGCUAAAUUUGUGAAUGUUGUAUAUGAUGCCUUACUAAAUACUCCUCAAGACAUUCAAAAAACAGUAUUAAAAGGAAUCAUUAACAGCUUAUUACGCGAAUGGAAAGGCCCAAGAACAAAAGAUGAUCUUAGAGCAUAUUUUAUACUUUUACAGAAUCCUCAAUUUAAUAACACAUCGACAUAUGUCAUCUAUGCUCACUUGUUACGACAGAUAGCUGCCUUAGUGGAAGCUGACCACCAUUUCCUAGUUCACUGGUUGAAAAAAUUAUCCCAGAAGCGGUUCAAGCAACUGGUAGAGAGAUUGCUGCAGUUUAUUUCUUUACGUCUGUUUCCUGCAAAGCCUGAAGAAUUUCCACCUAUAACAAAAUGUUCCUGGUGGAUUCCAUCAGCAUCUAAAGUGUUGGCUCUACUUAAUACUGCCAACAGUUUGGUUCAGCCUCCUCUUAUUCCUUAUACUGAUUUCUAUAAUUCUACAUUGGAUCACAUUGACCUUAUGGAAGAGUAUCAUACAUGGCAGAGCUUUGGAAACUCUCACAGGUUUUCCUUCUGUCAGUACCCAUUCGUUAUUUCUAUAGCUGCAAAAAAAAUCAUUAUUCAGAGAGACUCAGAACAACAGAUGAUAAGCAUCGCAAGGCAAAGUCUGGUGGAUAAAGUAUCUCGAAGACAGAGACCUGAUAUGAAUAUGUUAUUUCUGAACAUGAAAGUAAGGCGGACACAUCUGGUUAGCGAUUCACUUGAUGAGUUAACCCGGAAAAGAGCAGAUUUGAAAAAGAAGUUGAAAGUUACAUUUGUUGGUGAAGCUGGUUUGGAUAUGGGUGGCUUGACUAAAGAAUGGUUCCUCCUUCUAAUUCGUCAAAUUUUUCAUCCAGAUUAUGGCAUGUUUACAUAUCAUAAGGAUUCACACUGCCAUUGGUUUAGCAGCUUUAAGUGUGAUAACUAUUCUGAAUUCCGAUUGGUUGGAAUUCUUAUGGGACUAGCUGUUUAUAACAGCAUCACCUUGGAUAUCCGUUUCCCUCCCUGCUGUUACAAGAAAUUGUUGAGCCCUCCCAUUGUGCCCGGUGAUCAAAAUAUACCAGUAGGCAUCUGCAGUGUUACCAUUGAUGACUUAUGUCAAAUUAUGCCUGAAUUGGCCCAUGGAUUAAGUGAACUCUUAUCAUAUGAAGGCAAUGUUGAAGAAGAUUUCUAUUCAACAUUUCAGGUUUUUCAAGAAGAAUUUGGGAUAAUUAAGUCUUACAAUUUAAAACCAGGAGGUGAUAAAAUUCCUGUUACCAAUCAAAAUAGGAAAGAAUAUGUGCAGUUGUAUACUGAUUUUCUUCUCAACAAAUCCAUCUAUAAGCAGUUUGCUGCAUUUUAUUAUGGCUUCCACAGUGUAUGUGCUUCAAAUGCCCUAAUGCUGCUUCGUCCAGAGGAGGUGGAAAUUCUAGUGUGUGGAAGCCCUGAACUGGAUAUGCAUGCCCUGCAGAGGAGCACUCAGUAUGAUGGCUACGCGAAGACAGACCUGACUAUAAGAUAUUUUUGGGAUGUUGUGCUUGGAUUUCCUCUUGAUCUUCAAAAGAAGUUGCUACAUUUUACUACAGGAAGUGACAGAGUACCUGUAGGAGGGAUGGCUGAUUUGAACUUUAAAAUCUCAAAAAAUGAAACUUCCACUAACUGGUUACCUGUGGCCCAUACCUGCUUCAAUCAACUUUGCCUUCCUCCUUACAAAAGCAAAAAAGAUCUGAAACAGAAAUUGAUCAUUGGAAUUUCAAAUUCAGAAGGUUUUGGACUUGAGUAACCUAGAAGACUUGAAAUAUAAUAUUUAUAUGUAGCAUUCACUUCCCUCUUAUUGUGCCUUUAACCUUUUCAUGUUUCUGUCUAAACACUUUGAAAACACUCACUAACUUUAAAAUACUGAGUUUUUUUUUUAAAAAUCAAAUAUGAAGUAUGUUUAGUGAAGGCAUGAUUUUCUAAAAACAGAAAUUUCUUGAGUGAGGAAAAGAAAAGUAUAGUAGAUGCAGGUGUGGGUCUCGUUGCUUUUUUAUACCACUUGAUCGUUUUGUGUAAGUAGUUUGUCACAGGUGAUCCACUGGGAAGCAAAGUGAGGAAUGCAUUUCUGACGUAGUGGAACCCAGUGGCAGAUUGUGUGCUGGAAGCACACGGUAGCAAAGCAAAUAGCUACAUUAUCUUACUAGAAGGCAUGUAGCCAUAUUUUUCAUAUAGAGGUAAACAGUAUAAUUGCAAAUGCAAUGUACAGGGUUUUUUGAUAUACUGGCUUUGGGUCUUAUCAGAUUCUUUUCAAGUAUUGCUAAAAAGCAUGUAAAUAAUUACAUAAUAGCCUGAGAAUAAUGGGAUUUUGAUAGUGCCAUUUAUUGCAAAGAUUUAUUUUUACAAAGUAAAUUCAGGAUUUUAGACGUGUAUACAGCUUUUACAAAUCAAUAAAGAUGACUGUACAAGAGUAUUUUCAGACUAACUGGAUUCAAGGUUAUAUUCUUUUAAGUAUUGUUAGUCUGCAUGCACACUGGCAGUAAACUACUUACUUGAGUACUCUAUAAUAUUUGUAUAAUCAUUUCUUCUUAAGGAUUAAGAUAUUAGAAAAAUCAGCUCUAACUAAUUAUUGAUAAAUUAGGUCAGUUAUAAGCACAAAAGAAAAGAGCUGCUUUUAUAUGUAUUUUGAUUGAUGUACAAAACUUGUAUCUAUACUUUUCAAUCACCAGUUGUACUGAAACACUGAUUUUGGAAAAGGAAAAAUAAAAUAUUUGAGAAAAGUAAAUACAAUAAUGUGUCAAAAUAAUGUAGCUUGGUAUAAAAAUAAAGUUCAGUUUUGACAAAAUGUUUGUUAUUCACUGGAUUAUGAACAUAGUAAAUUCAAAAGUACCCAUUUUUGUUUGUUUCUAAUAAAGUAGCAUGUAAAAAGAAACUGCAUUUUAAGUCAGAGUAAAUGGUAUUUUUUAAUUUAUAGCAAAUGAAGCAGUUUUAUUAGCAUGUUACAAAUAUUACCAAAUCAAGACUUCUUAUUCUUUGAUAGCUUUCCUUCAGACAUUUCUGAAGUUAUAUUUGCAAUAAUAAUAAAACCAGCAUUUAGUACCAGCAUAUGAUUCAUAUGCAAAAAAUAAAUAUUUUCCCAAAACUUCUUCCUUCCAAGUUAGACUAUUUCCUUGUUAUGAUGCUUCCUUUACUCAACCAGCAGAAUCUUUAAGGGUGAAGGAACUGAUCAGCUUGUUUUAUUGUAGUUUUGAAGCCAGCCCACAAAUCUUUGAGGAAAAGGAGUUACUUCAUUUACUUUUGUCUUCCAGACAGAGGUGACUCUGCUUUUUCAUUUGAGUAUAUUAUUUAAAGGUUAUUUCUUUAAAGUUUUGGAAAGCCUACAAGAGUUAAAGGCGUAUUGGUUUUGUUUUAUUCUGAUUUUUAAUGUAUAUGCAAAUAAAACUGCUUCUCUCUUGUACUGGUUGAACUAGAAAGUAAGAUAUUUAAUGUAGGUUACUAGUAAUAAGCACAAAAGAAUCAUGUAUAAGAAACCAGAUGUAAGUGUUAAGUAAAAUGUAAAGUUUUUAUUGGUAGCGAUGACUUAUGGAAAAACUGUGUUGGCUUGAUCUGCAUGUUUAAUGAUGUGCUUGCAUAUCUUUUAAGUAAGAAGUACACAAACGAGCCAAAUUUUAAAUGACAAAGUCCAUCAAUAACUGGAGAAUCUUUGUUGUCUGUUGUUAUUUAGUUGAAAUUUAUAAUCAUUUAUCACUAAAUUGUACAUUACUUUUAUUUAUUCUCUGUUUUGUUUACAGUGUAAUAAUACCUCAUUUUAAAAGUAAAAGCCACUACUGUUACAUUUUGUUAAACAGCUAAAAAAAAUCAUGUAGUUACUUUUUUAUAAACUGUUAAUUCAUGAUUUUUGUAUCUGCCACAGUAAAUUAAAGCAUUGCCUAGUAUUUAUCAUUAUUUAUAAAA